AGCGUCUCGGACGCCGAGGCUGCGGCGGCGGGCCUCCUAUAUAGCUGCCUCUGCACUCGCCUCGGUCCCUCCUCCCACCUUCAUCUCAACUCAAGCGCUACCUGAUACGCCUACAACUAUGGACGCGCCAGCCUCGUUCUACUCGCAGCGCAACCUGUGCGGCCUGCGCCUCGAGAACAAUGCACCCUUCGCCUCGAUCCAGCGCGGCCUGCCGGCGCUGUGCUUCCUCGACGUAAUCCUGGCGCCGCUGGCGACGUGGGUGCUGCUCGUCCUCAUCGGCGCGCUCUGGGUGCCGGCGCUGCUCAAGUCGCGCCGACACGUCGCCAGCUUCAAGCUGCCGCUGCAGCGCUACCGCUUCCGCUCCACGUACGCCGGCGUCGCGGCGCCGCGCUUCCCGCGCCUGGCGACGGCGCUGGCCGUGCUGCACACGCUGCUCGUCAUUGCGGCGCUUUUGAUGAACGUGCUCGAGAUCGUGCGCCUCUACCUGGCACACCGCGGCGCCGGCCUGCUGCCCUUCACGCUGGGCGGCAUCGUCCUCGUGCUGCUGCUGAUGCAUGUGCGCACGCAUCUGCGCGUCCGCAGCGUCACGGCCUUCGUCGUGCUGGCCUUCUGGCUGCUCUCGGCUGCCUUCACUGCCGUCAAGAUCGCCAAGCUGGCCAAGCUCGAGAACGUCGAGCCGCGCAUCGGCGGCUACGAGGACGAGUACCACACGGCCGACCAGAUCAUCGACACGGCCGUCUACCUGGGCCUCUACGCCAUCUUCCUUGUCAUCGAGCUCGUGCGCCUGCCGGCCGUGCUCAAGGAGGCACGCAGCGUGCACAGCGAGGACGCCUAUGGCCGCCGCGCGUCCGAGGAGACGCCGCUCGAGAAGGCCGCGCAGCCGGCAGCAUGAGCGGCGCCAGCCGUGCGGCCCUGCCAGCGCUGUGGCGCUCCCCUCCUGCCAUCGCAGAUGCUAUCUAUCAUACCCCCUAUAAUCGAUGCCCGGUAUCUCAUUG